AUGCGCUACGCCUUUGCCUACGCUGCCCUCGUCUCCGUGGCUUCGGCCCACGGGGUCGUCACCAUGAUCAAGGGUGACAACGGCGUCAUGAUGCCCGGUCUGAGCAUCACUGACGGCACUCCUCGCGAUUGCUCCUCCAACGGCUGCGGCUCGCAGGCCGACACCUCCAUCAUCCGCAACCGCGACAUGCAAAAGAGCCCUCUGGGCAAGACCCAGGGCACCGGCCCCGUCGACCCCGCCGUCAACAUUGCCCGCUUCAUGGGCGCCAGCAACACCUCGCCCAAGAACAACGGCGCCUCGGGCGCCGUCGGCCAGGAGGACGACCUCAGCGGCCUCCCCGCCGGCGCGGCCAAGCGCCACGAGGAACGCAAGCGCCAGCUCAGCCAGCUCUUUGGCGGCCUCCUCGGCGGUGCCGGCGGUGCUGCCGGCGGCGCUGGUGGUGCAGCCGGCGGUGCCAAGAAAGGCGGUGCAGCCGGCGGCCUCGGCGGCCUCCUCGGCGGUGCCGGCGGCGGCGGCGGCACCAAGAGCAACCUCAAGGCCGAGAGCAUGGUCGCCGACACGGCCGGCAUGGGCACCUCGCAGGGCCUGCCCACCUCGGACAGCAACGGCGUCGUCAGCAUGGUCUACCGCCAGAUCAACCAGGACGGCGCCGGCCCCCUGACGGCCGACGUCGACGGCACCUCGGGCGGCAAGGACGCCAGCGCCUUCCAAAAGGCCGACGUCGUCCAGGACGUCCCCGGCCUCGGCAUCCAGGGCCUCUCCCUCGCCACAAACACCGACUUCCCCCUGCAGGUCAAGAUGCCCGCCGGCAUGACCUGCGAGGGCACCGUCGGCGACGCCAAGAACGUCUGCAUCGUCCGCGUCCGCAACGGCGCCGGCGCCGGCCCCUUUGGCGGCUCGGCUGCCUUUACCCAAAACGCCACCGCCCGCAAGCGCGCCAUCGCCUACCGCCUCAAGAAGCGCAUGGAGAUUGUCCGCGAGGCCGUCCCCGAGCCCGACUACGCCCAGGCCGACGAGGAGGAGGAGGAUGACGACGAGCUCCUGGAGCAGCAGCAGCAGCAGCAGUAA